UUUUUGCCAUCGCUGCGGAUCGCAUACGCAAUCCCUGGGUGGGUGGUUGCCAUGGAUUCCUGGGUCACAUGCGUGGGUUUCCUGUAGCCAGCAGCAAAAGAUGCUAGGACCAGAAAUCAGAGCCAUUUUCAUUCAACAUAUUGAAAGGAUUUCAUCUGGAUUGAAUGGAGACCAAGAAUCGGAUUAUUACAGCGACAGAAUUAUUUUUUUGUUCAUGUACAAGUACAAUCGAUGUAAAUAGCCGUUGUCCAUUUCGCAGCAAACCAUUUUGUACUUAUUUCUCGUAGAUUUACAACAGGAAUGAGUAUAGAAAUUCCUGCAGGACUGACGGAGCUAUUGCAAAGCUUUACCGUAGAAGUGUUGAGGAAUCAGCCUACAGAUUUGCUUGAGUUUGCUGUGCAUUAUUUUUCCGAUUUGAAGGACAGUGAAACUAGUGGGGCCGCGUUUGGCAAUGACCAAAAUUCGACCACAAGACCUGGGAAAGCGGUCAACUUCAUCGAAGAAACCAUGCAAUAUGAUUCAGAAAAUGGAGAAGAGGAGGAUGAGGACGACGAAGAAUUCGUAGCCCCAGUGAUCAACAGAUUCAUCAGAAGAGCCUCAGUAUGUGCAGAGGCCUUCAACCCCGAUGAAGAAGACGAAGAAAAAGAGCCAUGGGUCAUCCAUCCUAAAACGGAUGAACAGAGGCAGAGGCUACAGGAGGCGUGUAGGGACAUCAUUCUGUUCAAGAACUUGGACACGGAACAAAUGUCUCAAGUGCUAGAUGCCAUGUUUGAGAAGGUAUUUGAAGUGGAAGAGCACGUCAUUGAUCAAGACGAUGAUGGCGACAACUUCUAUGUCAUUGAAAGAGGUACACUGGAUAUAUUCAUGAGAGCUGACGGUGUAGAAAAAAACGUUGGAUCUUAUGACAACAAGGGCAGCUUUGGGGAGCUGGCACUGAUGUACAACACCCCUAGGGCAGCUACCAUCAUUACCACCUCACCAGGAGCACUUUGGUGUCUGGACCGUCUGACAUUCAGGAGGAUCAUUGUUAAGAACAAUGCCAAAAAGAGGAGGCUGUAUGAGGCUUUCAUUGAGACAUUACCACUGCUAACUUCAUUAGAGCUCUCUGAGAGAAUGAAGGUCGUAGAUGUGUUGUCCUCAAAAGUUUACUGCGAUGGAGAACAGAUUAUUGCUCAGGGUGAUCUAGCAAAUUGUUUCUACAUUGUUGAAUCUGGCCAAGUUAGAAUCACAAUGAAGAGAAGCAGGACGAAAAAAGACCAAGAGGAUGAAGAGGUGGAUAUAGCCACAUGCUCCAGAGGGCAGUAUUUUGGCGAGUUGGCACUUGUCACAAAUAAACCCAGAGCCGCGUCAGCCUAUGCUGUUGGAAGCGUGAAGUGUUUAGUUAUGGACAUUCAAGCCUUUGAGAGAUUGCUGGGACCAUGCAUGGACAUCAUGAAGAGAAACAUUGCCAAUUAUGAAGAGCAGCUGGUUACCCUCUUUGGGAGUAGCACUGACAUUGAGGAUCAAAAUGCAUGAGAAUGAGAAAAGAAAUAACCAGCAAUGAACUUUACUGAGCUGAAGAAUGGUGGUAUUGGGGGAUGAAAAAUUAUACUAAUUAUUAUUUUUUAUUACUAUCUUUUUAUUAUUAAUUUUCCUAUCCAAAAUGGGAAAUUCUUUAUCUUACCAUUAAGGGAAACAUUUUAAAAUAUAGAUACAAAUAGUAUAUUGUCCAAGUUUACAAACAAUGGUAAAAUAUUUGUUGUGGAAGAUUAGAUUGAAGUUUAUUCUUAAACAUAGAGACUCUUAUUUUUUUGUCACAAAACAAAUAGUUUUCAUCAUAUGAUUUAUGUUUUUAUUGUCUUUCAGCAUCACUUGUUUGCUUACCACUUCUGUGACAGCAUAUAGUAUAUCCUACCAUGAUAUUCUUAAUGACAAUGUCAUAUAGGACAAACAUUCCUGUGCCAAAGGUGAUUAAGUAUAGAUGACAGCCAACUAUUUGCUCUAUUAUUUAAUAAUAACAUUUUAAUAAUUACAUUUUCCUAUUGUCACACUUUGAGACUUUUUCUUUCAGAGGAAGAUUUCUGUGUAAUCAGGUUUUGUACUACAACAGCUGUCUUGUUACCUUUUUUCAUCAGAGAAUGUACAUUUACUGUUUGGGGAAAUAUGUCUAUAUACAGUAGGCUAUAUGUAAUUUAAUGAACUGUUAUUUAUUGUUUACCAUGUGUAAUAUGGCAGUAAUGCCAUAAUUUUGCAUAAAAACAUCACAAACGUG